AAAAAAAAACAAAACUUUUUAAUAAUAUUUUCACGUAGCAAAAAUUUCAUUAAAAUUUCCAUCAUUUUCAUUUCGCAUUUUCUCAUUUUCGCAUAUUUCGCAUCGUUUACAUAUCACUCUCUACUUUUUUGGCUUUGUUUGGCAAACAAAAAAAAACUCAUAUUUUUAAGCUUUAUUUUUUAUAGAAUGUUAUUAGAAAUUUUCUUUCGAUCAUUAUUUUAUGUCAAAAAACUAAGAAUAUAUGGAAAAUUAAUGACGCCACGUUUGCCACAUCAUUGA